AUGACAUCUAGUCUUCACAUAUCGACCAGCUGGAAUUCUAACGAAGAUGACUUUGGCGAGUUCAACGACUGGAAUACAACGAUCUGGACAGGUGGGAACCUGAACAAUCUCGGCAACGCACAUUCACAUGAACACAGCAGUCAGACAGGCGAGAACCUGGAUCUUUUCGAGAACGCAUGCUUAGAUCCAUUCAACAGGCAGAUAGGGCAUGAAGCAUGGAUCACGCCAGCAGCGAUUGGCUAUUUGCCGAUAUUUGCAGCCCAGCCGACUGACGAUCACCUUGAUGAUUUCAGCAACCUUGAACCCUUCAGUGAAGGCAUUACGCAGAGCGAUGAUACAACAUUACCUACACCCUCGACGGUGAGAAGGCGCAAACGAAGGAAAAAAGCGAAGCCAGAUCUUGAGAGGCCAAGGACACUCAGACCACUUAGACCAUGCAUAAGCCCACAGCAACGGCAGCAAGCACACUCCGUCAGCUCAGGCACUGCCUUCGAAUACAUCGUGGCCAAUGAUCUUGCCAACGCCACCAACUUCGACGCCGCCCUGACCCGCGGCCUCUGCACCGGCGGACUCACCGCUGGCUUCAACGCCGGCCCUGCGCGGCUCGCUAUCGACGGUCACAUCGCAGCGCUCACUCAGCUCCUCACGCGCAAUAGCCUCGCUCGCCACCUCGAGCAUAAUGGUGCACUGAAACGUAAUCUCACCGCCGCCGGCGUACUCUGGGUCAUCCGCACUGGCUGGCCUGGCUUCGAGGCGUACUGGAAUUUAUGCGGCGCGCUCCAGGGAUUCUUGGCAGUGCAGUUGUUCCGCUGUUGGCCUUGUGAGAAGACUUACCGCAAUCUUCCACCAAUGUUCCGGCCGACGAAAAAGCAGUUACUGGUACCGCAUAUUGUGAACAUUGACUGGUGUUGUUGGCCAGAGUUUAGAGACUUGUUGAUUGACGUGCAGACCGAUAUUGAUCAUGGUCAGGAGUUAGCGUUCCUGACGAGCAAUGUCGUGGUCUGUCCUCGACGCAAAUUUGGUGUUGAUGGGGCUGGGGAAUACAACAAUGCUAUAAUGCCAGCGAACAGCCCUGCGGAUACGGCAUUUCGACUUCUAGAUCUAGUCAGUCUCGACCGCGCCAACGGCAUAGACCUCUCCGCCGACUGGCGACUCGAGCAAAAAGCCCAGCUCAGGUCGCCGAGCGUGCAAUCGCUAGUAAGGGCAUACGGGCUGCGGCACGACCAGGUAGAUCUUAGGAUCGAUGAUGCCUUCUUUGAGAGGUAUCCAUACCUGUAUGCCGGUUCGGCGGCUUGUCCGUACAAAGUGACCGACAUCCCGGGCUUGAGGCAGGAUGAUUUGGGACAGCCUGUGGCGCUGACGCAGGAGGCGGUGAUGGUAUUGAAGAGGACGCUGGAAGAAAUUGUUAGGGAGGACGCCUUGCGGAGGAGGGAUGAAGCCAAGAAUUAG